CGGCGUGAUAAACAUUAAAAAUGCAUUAAUCAAACUGGCAGUUUACUGGCGUCUCUAUUAUUGUCAACGAAUAAAUCGGUCAUGGUAAGAAUGAAUAAGUCGGGAUUUUAUAUAUAAUCUAUUGUCAAUCGCAUCCAUUCUCGGUGGCUUCUACAUUCACCUAUAACGCUUGUUGGUUCACUCCUGCCUUGAUUGGCCAAGGACUUCGACCCGUCGCCGUAUUCCUCUCAGGAUCCAAGUCACUUACUUUUGCUUGUUCCCACUCGGUCUAUCAGUAUGAAGGACGCUGACAUUGUCGGGUCUGCUCUCGCUGAGGUGCUGCCGCAGACAGACAAGUGGUGGUUUCAACAACGUCAUCUACUUCGCUUGAAUCUGUUGCUGCUUGUUCCCUUACUGUCGUCGGCGGUGUCUGGUUACGAUGGUUUGUUGAACCAUAUUCGAAUUACGAGAAAUUCAACUGACUGCUUUUAAAGGCUCACUAAUGAAUGGUCUUCAGUCGCUUCAGCAAUGGCGUGAUUACUUUGGACAUCCAGCUGGGGCGACUCUCGGUCUCGUAAACGCCGCUCAAUCUAUCGGCUCCCUUCUGGCCCUGCCCUUUGUCGGAAAUCUCUCCGACAGAUUCGGUCGUAAACCUGUCCUCCUAACCGGGAUUCUUCUAAUCAUCGCGGCGACUAUCGUCCAGGGCGCGUCAAUCAACUUCCCCAUGUUCGUAAUAUCGAGACUCAUUGUUGGGUUUGGUGGGAUGUUCGUUGUUCAACCUAGCCCAAUGCUCAUCGCCGAACUUUCGUAUCCAACACAUCGAGGCAAAUACACAUCUGCAUUCUGGACGAUGUACUACUUAGGAGCUAUUCUAGCGUCGUGGACGACCUUCGGAUGCCAAGAUUAUGAAAGCGAUUGGUCCUGGCGAACACCUUCCAUACUCCAGGCUGGAUACCCGCUCGUGCAACUCAUCUUCUUUCAUUGGGUCCCCGAGUCGCCUCGAUGGCUCGUUGCCCAGGACCGAGCUCCAGAGGCUGCUGCAAUCCUAUCAUACUAUCACGCCGGCGUGGUGAACGCGUCCGAUGAGGGUCAUACCCCUCUUGUCACCCGCGAGUUGGCCGAGAUUGUGAGCACGAUACAGAGAGAAAAGACGGCCGAGAAAGUUGGUUGGGGUGCUCUUUUCUCUACACCAGGAAAUCGAAAGCGAACACUUAUCGCCGUAUGCGUAGGAGCUUUCGCGCAGUGGAAUGGGAUUGGUGUCGUGAGCUAUUACUUAACAUUGGUUCUCAAUACGAUAGGCAUUACCGAUACGUUCACACAGACCCUCAUCAAUGGGCUAUUGCAGAUUUUCAAUUUCGGCGCGGCAUUAUCGGCGGCUAUCUUGGUCGACCGGCUCGGACGGCGAACAUUGUUCCUGUGGAGCGGCGUCGGAAUGCUGAUCAGCUACAUCAUAUGGACCGCGUGCUCGGCUGUGAACUCGGACACGGGCUCGAAGCCUGCGGGAAUUGUAGUGGUGGUGUGCCUAUUUACCUUCUUUUUCCAUUACGAUAUCGCGUAUACACCGCUGCUUUUGGGGUACCCAACAGAAAUAUUCACGUAUACCCUACGAUCUAAGGGUAUUGCGUUGGAAUUGAUGGCGAUUUAUCUUUCGCUGACUAUCCAGGCAUUCGUGAAUCCCAUCGGAAUGGAAAAUAUUGGUUGGAAAUACUACAUCGUGUUUUGUUGUCUAUUGGUGGUAUUCCUAGCUGUAACGUGGGUUCUAUUUCCUGAAACGAAAGGAUAUAGCUUGGAAGAGAUCGCAUCGAUUUUUGACGGAUCGGAGGCGGAUGAAGCGCGAGCAAAUGCCAAGGUUAUGGAAAGCGAGAUGGUAUCGCAUAAAACCGCUUCUGUUACUCACCACGAUGAGGUGUAAGGGUAGACGUAGGCUUGGUUGUCUAGGUUUAGGAGAGUUCUUGUGUGAUGAAAUUUAUUUCGUUUGCGUUGUAAAUCCGAGCUAUGCGGGCACGGGCUACCUGAUUAUGUAAUAAUACAACCAUUCAAAUUGUGUGCUUCGCCAAAUCUCAAGUAAAGAAACAAGGCAAUGGUGAGGAUAAUAUGUAUUAGAUAGGCACUUUUCGCCUAUAUUAAUUUGAAUUAAUGUUGGUUGUAUUUUCU